CGAGCCCUGAGGGGAAGAGAAAGAGGUCUAAAAGCUAAGCGCUUAUGAGCGCGCGGAGAGAGAAGCACUGAUUGAGGAAUAAAUAAGGACGCCGGUGUCGUUUGCGCUCGUAGAGGUGAUCGGAUCUUAACGCACAUUCCUGCUUGCUUGCGCGGGACUUACGGCUUGCCUCCUUUCACAAACUUUCUGCCUUUGCUUUCCCGACGCCGUUCAUUUACUGCUGAUUUUUGUGGCUUUAAGCACGAAGUCGUAAAACUGCGCCAGAUUAUAUUUACCUAGUAUAUAAACGACCUGCCGAAGUGAGGAACUCGGAUUAAAAAGAAGAUCGUUUGGAGACGUUUUCGCGUUUUGGCAGGCUUCUAGGUAUGUCUGUAGAAGAUAGUUCAGCUCUGGACAGGUAACUAGGUGUCACUGUUGCUAUGGCAACGCAGAUGCUGCCGUUGUUGCCUGCCCUCCUCACGGUCCUCCUCGUUUCCUGGACGACGGCCCAGGACGUGGAUUGGCAUUUUGACUCUGCUAAGUGUCGCUACGCUCUGGGGAUGGAGGAUGGCACCAUACCCGACUCUGACAUCACCGCAUCCAGCGCCUGGUCCGACUCAACCGAGGCCAAACACGGCAGGUUAAGUAAAGGAGAGGGGGAUGGUGCAUGGUGUCCAGCUGGUCCAGUGUUUCCCAGCGGCUCCGAGUACCUUCAGGUGGAUCUGCACAAGCUUUAUUUCCUGUCUCUGGUGGGCACGCAGGGUCGCCACGCAGACGGGCUCGGGCGGGAGUUUACACGCAGUUACCGGCUGCGCUACUCUCGUGAUGGACGACACUGGAUAACAUGGAAGGACCGCUGGGGACAAGAGGUGGUGUCAGGGAACGAGAACACACACGAUGUGGUCCUGAAGGACCUGGGUCCGCCCAUCAUAGCACGCAUGGUGCGCUUCUACCCGCUGGCAGACCGUGUGAUGAGUGUGUGUCUGAGAGUUGAACUCUAUGGUUGUGUUUGGAAGGACGGACUAAAGGCGUACACUGCUCCUGUGGGUCAUGUGAUGGACCUGCCGGGCACUCCUGUAUACCUUAAUGACUCCAUCUAUGACGGCAGUAAAGAGGCAGGGGUGAUGUUCGGAGGAUUGGGCCAGUUGUGUGAUGGUGUUUUGGGUGGGAAUGAUUUCAUGGAGACUAAAGAGCUGAGAGUGUGGCCAGGAUAUGAUUACGUGGGCUGGAAUCAAGAAACCUUGGGCCAGCCCACUGUUGACAUUGAGUUUCACUUCGAGAAAACACGGGUCUUUCACACCAUGCAGGUGCACAGUAAUCACAGACACACUCAGAAUGUGCGGGUGUUCAAGGAAGUGGUGUGUGAGUUUAAGGCCAGUCUGCUGAGCCCGUGGGCCGAGCCUGCGCUCAGUCUUCAAGUGCCGCUGUCUGACCUACACGACCCUUCGUCCCGCACCAUCUCACUGCCACUCGGAGGACGUCCAGCACAAAUUCUCCGUUGCCGUUUUUCUUUCAGUGACCAAUGGCUCCUCAUCAGCGAGAUAAGCUUCUACUCGAUGCCAUUUGAGGAUGGAUCCAUCCUUCCUCUGCCUUCCUCCAGCACUCGUCCUCUCAAUGCCACUUCUUCUCAAACCCCCAGCCCCACAAACGGCACGAGCAGCUCUACCGACUUCCUCAUGACCAUUACUUCACUGCUGCCCAGCAGCAUACCAACAGAGUUUCCUGCUGUCACUCUGAGGGCAGGCUUACCUGUGGCCAAAGAUGACAGCAGCAACACGGCCAUCCUGAUUGGCUGCCUCGUUGGAAUUAUCCUGCUCCUAUUGGCUGUCAUAGCCGUCAUACUUUGGAGGCAGUACUGGAAGAAACUACUUGGCAAGGCCCAAGGCAGCCUCUCCAGCGACGAGCUGCGGGUUCAUCUUUCGGUUCCAUCCGACAACGUGGUGAUCAAUAACACUAACACCCACACGUACUCCAGCCGCUACCAGCGCAUACACACCUUCCCAGACGAGCGGGACCGUGAAGGAGAAUACCAGGAGCCCAGCACUGUGCUGCGGCCCCGAGAGCAACGUGACAGCACAGCACUGCUGUUAAACAACCCAGCAUAUCAUCUCCUCCUGUCUGACCUGACACAUGGCCCCAACAGGCUGACAAACUGCCACAGCCAGCAAGAAAAGCCCCAAAACCUGUCCCAGGCAUGUGCUAUUGAUAUGGUUGAUAAAGGCCUGCCAAUUCAAGAGGGACCGCCUCCCUACCCUGGAGCCCCGCCCCCUGGCCUGUCAGCAGCUCAUUAUGGAGAGGCAUCUGGAGGCGGAGGAAGCGUUCCUCAUUAUGCAGAAGCUGACAUCAUCAGUCUGCAAGGCGUUAGCGGUAACAAUACAUAUGCAGUCCCCGCCCUCUCUGCCACGCCCACUGAUUGUCCACCACUGCCCGAGUUACCUAGGGAACGACUUAUAUUCAAAGAAAAGCUGGGAGAAGGACAAUUUGGAGAGGUUCAUCUUUGUGAGAUUGAAAACCCUCAGGACCUCGCAAACCUUGAGUUCCCAUUUAAUGUCAGGAAAGGGCGCCCUCUGCUGGUGGCUGUGAAGAUUUUAAGGCCUGACGCCUCUAAAAAUGCCAGGAACGAUUUUCUGAAGGAGGUGAAGAUUUUAUCUCGCCUGAAGGAUCCGAACAUAAUCCGCCUGCUGGGUGUGUGCGUAAGCAGCGACCCACUGUGUAUGGUCACAGAGUACAUGGAGAGUGGCGACCUCAAUCAGUACCUCUCCCAUAGAGUGUUGCUGGACAAGUCCGGCCCUUCACACAAUACACCCACCAUCAGCUACCCAGCUUUGAUCGCCAUGGCGAGUCAGAUCGCAUCAGGAAUGAAGUUCUUGUCGUCUCUGAACUUUGUGCACCGAGACCUGGCCACGCGGAACUGCCUAGUGGGUGGAGAGAGGGGUGAGGGGGAGGACCGCGGCGGAGAGCGACAGAUAAAGAUCGCUGAUUUUGGCAUGAGCAGGAACCUCUAUGCUGGUGAUUACUACAGGAUACAGGGACGAGCUGUGCUACCCAUUCGCUGGAUGGCAUGGGAGUGCAUCCUUAUGGGGAAGUUCACUACGGCCAGUGACGUGUGGGCAUUCGGCGUGACGUUAUGGGAGAUGCUGAGUGUGUGUCAGGAGCAGCCGUACAGUCACAUGACCGACGAACAGGUCAUCGACAACGCAGGGGAGUUUUUCAGAGACCAGGGCAGACAGGUGUACCUGUCUCGCCCGGCUGUAUGCCCACAGGGUUUGUAUGAGCUGAUGCUUAGCUGCUGGAACAGAGACUGUAAACUACGGCCUUCCUUUGCGUACAUUCACUCCUUUCUCACCGAAGACGCCAUGAACAUGGUUUAGUAAGUGACAGUGAGAUGAAAAGCAGAAGAAUGUACGAAAGUGUGUGUGGACCACAGACUGGUGGUGUGUUUUUAAACAGACACGGCUAAGCACUCUUAUGUAAAUUAGCGUAUUUUUUGAUGGGUGGGUUGGGGUGAAUAAAAGCCGCAGGUUCGGUGCCCCUAAAAUAACCCACUUUUCACCCCUUAUCCUGAACUCUUCAAGCAACGUUUUAUCCCCGAAUCAUUUUAGACCCAUUGACCCCUCACUAUCACAUCGCUAUUCCACAGUAUUUGCUUUCACAGAGACACCGAUCUCCCAGAAUGCACCACAGAAGUGGCCGAGUCAUUGUUUCUUUCCCGAAACGUAAUUCUGCCUCGUGUUUUUUUUUUCUCCAAGAAUAAAACGGUCUUUUGCGUUCUGCGAGGUCCAGUAAUGAUGACUAAGCGCUGACGAUGGUCUAAUGUGGGAUUGAUUUUGGGAUAAAAUGUUGCUUGGCAUCUGAACCUUAAAUCCAGGUCCUCUAACCUGUAUUAGAACUGUCUCUUCAUUCCCUAAACACUGAAUAGAUCUCGAAACGUAAUCAUAUAAACUGGUGGAGGGUUUCAUAGUUAGAUGACAGGCAGCACACAAAAGCACACGGCUCUACAAACCGAUCAUUUAGAAAGGCAUUUGAAAGAUGUGCGUAUUAAAACAUACAACAGCAGAAAUAGCUUUUUCUACUUGCAUAUUAAGUGAAAAUAGUGAGUUACAUUUUUAGAAGUAAAUUCAGUCUAACUUUGCUAGAAAUCGUAGUCAUGUAGACAACCUGAGGAUGCAUCAGCCAGUUUUUCAUGUCUUUUCUGUGGUGGAGGGUUAUUCAUCAUUUAGAAAUGCUCGCGAUCGUUAAACGUUCAACACCGAGUGGGACGUUUUCAUCUCAUUGAUAUGAAAUAAUUUUUUUCCCCUCUUGCAGAACCAUUUAAAGUGUUGAUAAAUGUCAGUAACAUGUUGUAAAGAUCUUUUGGUGUGUAUUCAAAAUUAUGUACAUAAAUGGCUGAAUUAUUUCCAUUAUGUGAAUAAUUGUAUACAGUGAUGGCUGAUAUGUGAAACACAGGUUUAUAACAUGAUAAAUUUGUCAGAUUCAGCCCAAAUAGGAAAUAGAUUAUUGUGACUCCACCCCUGCACAUAAAUGCUCCUUUAAAGUCUGUUCACGCCAUGGACAAAAACUACAAUUCUAAAGUUUUAAUAACCGUUAUGAUUGUGUAGGAACGAUGAAAGUCACUCCACUGAUAGGAUGACAUCAGCAGAGAAACAAUAUGGUGGGAAUCGCUUUCAGCCAAUCAGAAUCUGACUUUUAAGGAGCUUAAGCAUUUAAAGUUGCAGAAGACAAAACCGCAACCUGUGCUUGUAAUAAACAGAGCCUCAUGCUGUGUUGGUGCAGCUUUCGUUCUUGGUGUAGACGGGCUUUUCUUCAGCCAUCUCAGCAUUUCCAGUCGCUCCUCCCUUCAUUGACUAUUCAAUGAAGGGAGGAGUUCACACCAAGAACAAAGAUCAUAAUGAUAAUUAUAUAGCAUUCACACCAAUAGACGAUAAUGUUUUGUUUGUUUUAAGCACUUGUCAUAUUGUUGCCUGUACAGCUGGGUGGAUUCUGAUUGGCUGUCAAUGCUUUAUGAUCCAUUAUAAAAAAAGUGAAUACAAGACCUGUUCUCACUAACAACGAUUACUAUGAAGCUUUAAAGGCAUACUCCACCCCAAGAUGAAACUUUUUUUUUUCAUUAAUCUCUUACCUCCAUGCCUUUACUCUCGUCUUAGGAACACAAUUAAAGAUAUUUUGGAUUAAAAAAAAA